AUGGCUUCAGGCGUGGACGCGAAGCUGCUCAAGAGCACCAAAUUCCCUCCCGAGUUCAACCAGAAGGUUGACAUGACCAAGGUGAACCUGCAGGUCAUGAAAAAGUGGAUUGCAGGCAAGAUAUCCGAGAUUUUAGGGAGCGAGGACGAUGUUGUUACUGAACUCUGCUUCAAUUUGAUAGAGGGCUCCCGAUAUCCCGAUAUCAAAUCCCUUCAGAUCCAGCUUACUGGGUUCCUCGACAAGGAUACUGCGAUAUUCUGCAAGGAACUGUGGAAGCUAUGUUUGAGCGCACAGACUAGCCCUCAGGGCGUUCCUAAGGAGUUGCUGGAGGCAAAGAAGCUGGAGCUUAUCCAGGAGAAGAUUGAGGCCGACAAGGCCGCCGAGGAAGCGCGUGUUCGACUUGGCGUGGCGGGCGUGGUGACAGAACCUCUUUCAAUCGUGGCCGAGGCUUCGGUCGUGGCCGGAGCCGCUCACGCUCCCCACCACCUCGUGGUCGAGAUGUUCGAGAUCGUGACUUCAAUAGAGGUCCUGCGCGCCGGGAUACAUACGUCCCUAGAGACCGGCGGCCUGCACAACGUGAUGAGAGGCGACGUCGGUCCCACAGCCGGUCCGCUUCAGCCAACUCUGCCCCCAGAUCACGCUCCCCAGCUUCCAGUGCGUCUGGUAGUCGUCGAUCGAGCCCCAGGUCUAACAGCCCUCCUCGGCGGCGCAGCCCUUUACCGCGCUCGUCACCCCCCUACCGCGAGGCUCGCAAGAGAUCUCGCUCUCCACUGCGCGAGAACAACUAUCGCCCGCGUAGGCGGUCUCCCUCCUUAG